AUGGCAGAGACUCAUCUAGGUACGGCAAUUACAUCUGGAUGCCCCGGUAAAGGUGAAAGGAUGUUAACGUGUGAGGGUGAACCAUGUCCAACACAAGGCCCUCCCCAGAUAGAAGGCUUCAUGGACUGGCAAGAUUGGAAAGAGUGGUCGCACUGCCCUGGCAAAUGCAGCCAGAGGCUCCGCUACCGCGAUUGCAACGAGUAUGGACAGCGGAUGGCCGUGGGUUGCCGUGGUAAACACGUGGAAAUUCAGAAUUGCGGGAUACCCAGCUGUCCAAAGAUGAAAAAAGAGGCCGAAACAUCUAGGACUAAAGAGAUAGACGAUAUAUUUUGGAGCCAGUGGGAUCCAUGGACGCCAUGCGGCAGAACAUGCGGAGGGGGAAAGAUGUAUCGAAAACGCGUAUGUCACAAAAUGAGGCCUCCCCAUGCCAUGGUUGCCUAUCAUGAUUGUGGAGCUCACGAUGUGGAAGAUCGAAAAUGCAACACCCAGUUAUGCCCAGGUCAAAAACCUAAGCCAAAAAAGGUCUUCAUGGGUACAUGGACACCAUGGGCGCCUUGGUUUAAAUGCAGCACCAAGUGUGCAGGGGGUACUAAAGAGCGAUACCGUACAUGCCUUGGUAAAGCUGGCGAGGAGCUCGGAAUUGCGGAGUGUGUAGGUGGCGACAUCCAGUAUGGUGAUUGCGGAGAUCCGAAGUGUAAGCCCAAACCUCACGUAUGGAAACCUAAGCCUGCUGUUAAAAAGAAAAUGGCUCAAUGGACGGAGUGGGAGACGUGGCUGAAAUGCGACAAGAAAUGCGGUCCCGGUGAAAGGGACCGUUGGCGGGAAUGUAUGGCCGGGGAGAAAUACAGGAAACAGGAGGAAUGUGGUGACCCUAAUGGUUACAAAGAGCUAGAACCCUGCUACUUGAAACCCUGCGAAGAAAUAAUUAGGGCUGGCGUCGAAUGGACACCCUGGAAGGAAUGGUCUGAUUGCAAUUGUGACGAUGGCACUCGAGAACGAUAUCGGAUAUGUCAAUAUGAAACAUCAAAGGAGUAUACUUUGGGAUGCAGGGGUGAAUACAAAGAUACCAGCUCCUGCAGUUCAACGUCUUGUGGAGGGCAAGGUGGGUCGCUUUCCAUGCCAAGGACAGGGGCGGGUGCCGCCCCUGGGAGAACAGACAAGUCCAAUGUCCAACACAAGAACAACCCUCCUAAACAAUCCAGCAGUAGACCGGACGUCAAGGCUUGGUCAACAUGGAAUGAUUGGUCAACUUGUACCGCAACCUGCGGCAAAGGCACCCGAUCCCGUUGGCGUCAAUGUGAAGGCCCUGAUCAAUCCCUGGCUGCUGGCUGCGUCGGGGAGUACAUGGACUUCAGCGACUGCGAAUCUCAGCCUUGUCAGUCAGCUUCCCGUUCAGGCUCGAGUCAAGGUUCCAGUUCUGGGUCGAGUCAAGUUUUACCUUCCGGUUCGAAUCAAGGUUCGCGUUUGGAUUCGAGUCAAGGUUCUAGAUUCGGUUCUAAUCAAGGUUUACCGUCCGGUUCAAGUCAAGGU